AAAAAAAAACUAAUCAGUAGCUGAUGUAUUAAAUUUCUGUUAAAGUAAACAAAGUUUCUGCUUUAAAUAUUUAUUAACUCUUCCAAUAUUUUUCACCUUUGUCAGCUAACGUUCGUUACAUUUUGCAGAUAAUAUCUGUUUGCCUUCUUGUCGAUCGUUAACUACUUCUUAUUUCGUGGGAUGCAAUUUUGUAAGCCGAAACUUCAGACUGGUAGGUUAUUUUAUUAUGUUUAGGAAGAAAUGAUAAAUACUGAGUCUUACAGCUUUCUGAAAAAGAACUAGUUGACCCCAAGGGAAAUGUGCUGCAGAGCAGAACUUGUAAUAUACCGCGCGACCAAGUGACAGAAGCUAGUUUAUCAAACUCCGCGCGGAUCUGUACAAAACAGGUUCUGCGUACGGACCGAAAACGUAGGCGUAGAAAUAAAGAAUAGUAUUUCAUGCCUCGUUUGACGCAAUUUUAGAAGUCUAGAUAAUGCCAGCAAAAACCAGGUACGUUUUAAGUAAAACCGGUUUGACUGACUACUGCAUAACCCUGCAUUGAACUUACGAAUCACAGGGGCGGAUCUAGGGGGAGGGUGCAUGGGGUGUGUAUCCUCCACCCCCGAGAUGAAGCCUUCUCCUUCGUAUUCGCUUUUAAUAUUUGUUUACCUCACCAGUCAGUUACGCCAUUCCUUAGUGGUGCACCCCGUCCUGAGCAAAAUCCUGGAUCCGCUCCUGAAACAUAUAUACACAUUAUCGAUAAUCUUGCUAGUCGAAAGAUCACAAGUCAUUUACCAUAGAGAACAACGAUGGUACACGGAAUGACCAACUUCAAACUUCUCACUAAAUCAUGUUUUACACUUUUACAGAAAUGUUUUGGCUUCUGCUAUCAAUGUCGUUUCUGGCUGUCGUCCAUUCAACAAAACAAUGCAAAGCCACAUACUCGGUAUGGGGGCGUUACCUCAAAGGUCAUGUGAUUUCGUCAGAAAAUGUGAAAAAUAUUGGCGUGUGCUACAUCCAAUGCUCGAUGGAUCAACGCUGCAUGAGCAUCAAUUUCCACUUUGGUGACUUUAUUUGUGAGCUGAAUGAUGCAGAUCGAUACACACACCCCUGGGAUUAUGUGCUGAUAAAGGACCAAGCCUACAGUGAUUACCCCGUCAAGGCUGCUUUUAAAGAGUACUUCAUGACACCAUUGUGGCUCGAGACACACGCGUCCUACAUCAGUAGCAAUCGAGACACAACCGCUGACCAGAUAACGUUCAACGGAGGCUCACUCUUCGGUGCAGCGCUUUUAAAAGUUCCCUUACUAGCAGCUGAUGUCUUGGGGGAUGGAACUCCGCUGACUGUUGAAAUAACAGUGGCUAAUGAUGUCAGUAUCGGACAAACACCAGGCAGUGAUAGUGACAUCACAUAUGGCGUGUCGGACGGAAACAACUUCAUCGGGUUUGAAGCAGUUGACAGAGCAAAUUAUCCAUCAUGGGCUCCUUGUAGCGGGGCGGAGGCAAAAUCUGGGGAAGUUCUGACUGCCGUAAAUACUUUUGAUAAGAAAAUUCCUCUUCCAGGUGCAAGUUUCUAUCCUCCGCAGUUUGUCUUCACUCUCAAACUAGAUCAGCCAUGGGGCUCGUGUUUCACUCCGCAUGGCGGAGGCUUCAUUAAGACAGCCAAGUACACGAAACAAUUGAUGCUAAGCCAUGGUCUUACUCUGGAGGUUUAUAAAAAACAUGCAAGGGAGAGUGUAGGCAUCAAACACAUUACGAUCACCGUUAUGAAAACGGAUGGCCAAGAAAAAGUAUAGUUUUCACUCGUUCACUACUGUUAAGAUCGACCCCGAGUAACAGUAGAAGAACCACGAAAAAGGAAACACAUGGAAUGAUUUAUUUUAGGCAUCCUACCUCAUGUAAUACAACACACGAUAUAGCAUAGUCCUACGUCAUGUAGUAUAACACGGGAUAUAACAAAUGCCAAAAACGUUAUUUAUUACGAAGCGUUAUUUGGGGCAAAAUUUAAUGCAAAUUAUGUUACGGUGUUUCGUAUUUUAUUCGGCCACACUGAUGAAU